AUGGCUGCACAAACACCACUGCCCCUCAACCUCCGGCGGGGCUUGACGGCAUUCAGCAGCUCCCUUUUCAUCAAUAACAAGACACGGGACAGUGGUGCUGCCCACAUCUACCGCCCAGCCCACGAGGUGCUGGCCAGCCUCCCCCUCCAGAUGAUGCUCUACUUCAACGCCUGCUACUUCCCCUUCUGGUGCUUGGGUGAGGGGAUGAUGCUGCAGCUGAAGUACAGCCUGCUGCCUCACUACUACCAGCUCCUCCUGCUCGCUGCCUUCCUCAUCCUCACACUGACUGAAGGUGCCCGGCUCUACCUGGGCUACAUCGGGAAUCUGCAGGAGAAGGUGCCUGAGCUUGCCGGGUUCCUCCUUCUAUCCUUCCUGAUCCAGCUCCCCCUCCUGCUAUUCCUGCUAACGGAUGACCACAUCACCCGGCUGCCGCUGGAGAUGGCUGUGCACAGCCUUUUCCUGGUCUUCCUCAUCUCUGAGGUCGUGGCUGCCUUCCUGGUGCUGAGGGUGAUGACCACACAGCUCGCGGCACAGUUCUACCUGCAGCAGUUCACGAGCGGCGGACAGGGCAGGAGCCUGAUCAAGGGUGAUGAUGUGGGACCUGUCCCACCCUGUGGAGUCAGUUCCUCUGAGGGCAAGGAGCAUUAA